AUGUCCGAAAUCACUCACCCUACCAUCAAGGAUGGCUGGUUCUCCGAGCAGUCCGACAUGUGGCCCGGUCAGGCUAUGAACCUUAAGGUCAACCAGAUCCUGCACCACGAGAAGUCCAAGUACCAGGAUGUCCUGGUCUUCGAGAGCAGCGACUACGGUACCGUCCUCGUCCUGGACAACGUUAUCCAGUGCACCGAGCGUGAUGAGUUCUCCUACCAGGAGAUGAUCACCCACCUGGCCAUGAACGCUCACCCCAACCCCAAGAAGGUCCUGGUCAUCGGUGGUGGAGAUGGCGGUGUCCUCCGUGAGGUCGUCAAGCACGAGACCGUCGAGGAGGCCAUCCUUUGUGACAUCGACGAGGCCGUCAUCCGUGUCUCCAAGAAGUACCUCCCCGGUAUGAGCAUCGGCUUCCAGCACCCCAACGUCAAGACCCACGUUGGCGAUGGCUUCGAGUUCCUGAAGAACCGCCUGAACGAGUUCGACGUUAUCAUCACCGACAGCUCCGACCCCGAGGGUCCCGCCGAGAGUCUCUUCCAGAAGCCCUACUUCGAGCUCCUCAACGGUGCUCUCCGUGAAGGAGGUGUCAUCACCACACAAGGUUCCGAGAACCAAUGGCUGCACCUCUCCCUGAUCUCCAACCUCCGCAAGGCCUGCAAGGAGGUCUUCCCCGUCGCCGAAUACGCCUACACCACCAUCCCCACCUACCCCUCCGGCCAGAUCGGCUUCAUGGUCUGCUGCAAGGACGCCAACCGCAACGUGCGCGAGCCCUCUCGCACCUGGUCUCGCGAGGAGGAGGAGCGUCUCUGCCGCUACUACAACCAGGACAUCCACCGCGCCAGCUUCGUGCUGCCCAACUUUGCCCGCAAGGCUCUGAACAACUAG